AUGACUGGACCUAAUGCAACCAACGCGAGCAGCCCUCCGACAGUCAUCGACAUUUUUGUGAAGUGGAAGCUAGAGACGUUGGAGCUCUCUGUAAAUCUCGACUAUCCCGUGGAUGUCUUGAAGUCUCAGCUGUACACGAUGACCAACGUCAAACCUGAUGCUCAGCAUCUUCUGGGAGUUUACACGCCAGGAGCAGGUGCCGACCUGAAGGACCUUGACCUCAAACCAGGACAGACCCUCAUCAUGUACGGCGAACCCAGCAGAGUGAAAGAAGAAGAUGACUUAGAUGUGGAGAUGGGUGCUGAAAAAAGAAUCCCUGCAAAUACCUACAAAUCAUUCAUUCACAAGACUGCGCUGGGCGAUCCGCUAGCAGAAAUGAUCGACAAGAUGUCAAUAGAGGAGAUCAUGGGAGACGGGAAGGAUGCUCGCACUGAUGUGAAAAUGACGACUCUAGAGCAAAAUGAGAUCUCUGUUGCCAUGAAAGAUGCCUUUACCUCUCAAAUAUCUGUCCCUCACGAGACGCCGCUGACAUUGCCUAAGGAAUUAUGGUCAAAAAGGCUACAGGAUUUCACUGAUGAAGAUAGAGUUUUGCUGCGAAACUGGAUGAACCUUACAAGAAACUGGCGAAUAGCCACGAAGGAGUAUGCAGCUAGAGCUGAAGAGAUGAAGAGGAAUGCUAAGAUUGAUAAGGAACGAAAUGCUCAAGUUGCACGAGAAUAUGAGGAGAAUAAAGGAAAGGAGGUCGAAUUUGACGAAGAUGACGACUCAGCUGAAGAUGAUUAUUUAGAUGAUGAAGUUCCAUCUGAGCAGAGAUUGUUGUAUGAGAUGUGUGCAUGGGGAUGGAAGAUGAGCGCUCGCACGCCGAUCGGUUUAGAAAACUUGGGCAACACAUGCUACAUGGCGUCUGCUUUGCAGAUGUUUCGCUGUGUCCCCGAGCUGCUCAAGGCAAUUUGCAAUUUUGAGCCUAUGCAGGAGUCUCGAUCGCAUGCGCUGUCGCAGAAUUUGAUAGAAGCGAUGAAGUUGUUGUUCAUGGAGCUCACAGAACGCAAGGAAUCAGUCUCGCCUCUCACUAUGGUGCACCACCUACGCAAUUAUGCUCCACAAUUUGCAGAGGUCGGCAUGAUGGGCCCUGCUCAACAGGAUGCAGAAGAAUGUCUGUCAACCAUGUUACAGGCAUUGAUUGGUCAAUUCCCGGGCAAGAAAAACAAGUGCCUAAUCCGUGAGCUGUUUCAAAUAGGAUUGAAAAAAAAGAUUCAGAAUUCGGAUCCAAAUAUCCCUGAAGAAUCAGUCAUUAAGGAAACAACCAUGCGGUUGCCUCUUAUCAUUGACGCAAAGACUAACACAAUUCACGAUAGCAUACAAAAGACAUUUAGUUACGAGAUCCAGAAGCAUUCAACGGCAACAGGAGUUGAUGCCACAUACAAUGUGUCUACUGAGAUCACUGAACUCCCCCCUUACCUGUUUGUGCACUUCGUUCGAUUCUUCUGGAGAAAUGAUACCCAAAAGAAGGCUAAGAUAUGCCGUGACGUGCACUUUCCUGUUAUUCUCGAUCUGUUGCCAUACUGCAGCCCAGAGUUGAAAAAUCCGAUUGCUCGCAGCCUAGCCGAGCAGAAAGCUUCAUACCUCCAGUCACAUCCUAUCUGGGGAGACGGGGAAGUUGACGAGAAUGAACGCAAGUGGGCCGAGCUCGAGCAAGAAGAAAUUCAGAAUGAAAUAGCAGAGGCAGAGCGUCUCAAGAAUGAAGAGGAUGACGAUCAGUUUGGCUACGGAGACGAAAUGGAGGAUGAAAUUCCAGCAAAUUCUACAUCCGCGAACACCAACACCAACAACAAGACAUCUUCACAAGGCGACAGGCUCGAAGGCUGUUCCUCGCGACCUCUUUCUUCCAUCUACGAGCUCCGUGCAGUGCUCACUCAUCAAGGUCGAUUUGCGGACGCUGGUCACUACAUCGCUUGGAUCAAGACAGGCAUCAUGGAAAGAGCUUCUCCCAGAAGCGCACUGCAGCCCAUGUGGCUCAAGUUUGACGAUGAGAAGGUAAUGGUACAAGACCCUGUCCCCGCUGAUCAGCUGCCAACAGAUCUCAUUGCAUCCUGA